ACUAAUUUUAAAAUUGACAUAACAUUAAUAAACACCAUUUCUUUUUUAGCUCCUAAAAUGGAAGUACAGAAAAUAAAAAUGAUAAUCUCGGGUGUUGGUGGAAAUGAAAAAGUUCUUGAGAAAGUGAUAAAAGAAAUCCCAAACUCGGAAGAAUUGUUUGCUCAAGGAACACACUUUACCUUUGAAAAAACAUCAUUAGGAUCUAUUAUAAUUAUUCUUCAAACGGAGUCACCUAACGCAAUUGCAAAGUUAAAACAAUUCAUAGAAAAAGAGGGUAUCUGCAGAUUUUUAGCACAUCUAUUUGAAUCUAGAGAUGUCCGAACACUUUUGACAAAAGAAAAGUACAACAUUGAAGUUAAGAUCAGAGAAGCACACGAACAAAUAGAUCCACCUUCUGAUAUUUUGAAAUCAGCUGAUCGUCCGAUACCUGAGACUACCUAUAGGUCCCGUUUGGAGAGAUGUUACAGCUUCCUUCUAGAGGAACUUGAGCCACAAUGGUUACUGAAAGAACAAGAAGUUGCUGAUAUUUUUCGUUCCGUUAUUGAAAUGUUCUACAAACCGGGCUUGAGGACAAUAAAAGCAGAAGCUUUCUUGAAAUUUUUAAAGGAUCAACCCGAUGAGAAAAUUAAAGUUGUUCUAGAAAAACUGAAGGAGAAAAACAAAUAUAUUUAUGACCGACUGUUUCCAGAUACAUCGAAAUAUCGGGAUAUUGGUAACACUAUCUAA